CUAAUAAUCACGAAUUGUUCAAUGUCUAAUUUAUUAAGAUUGAGUUUCUAUGACGAUAUUGAACAUUAUCUACCUAUACCAUAUCAACUUGACGAACGAACUAAUUUCAGUGAGAGAUAUCCAAAACAACGUGAUGGAUUCGUAUCAAAAGAAUAUUCUGACAGUAUAAAACAAAUAAUCAGUACACCGAGAGAAAUGAGAAGAUAUGUCCGACCUCCAUCAGUCAGCAGGAAUGUAUCACGUUCACAAUCAAUAGCUCAAAGAAUGAAACCAGUGAAACAGAAACCGUGUGAAGAAGAUAGUGAGAUACAUCUUAUGAUGCAUAAGUCUAGUAAACACUCAGAAAUUGUGAAAUCGCCCGACGAAUCAAUACAAAAAUCGAUUUCUUUUCGAAAAGUAAAGUCAGUGAGUACGGAUACAUUAGAUCUGAAUCUAGACGAUUAUUUGAAAAUGAAACAUUUGGAAAAAGAGAACAUUAUUUUAGAGCAACAAAAAGAUAUUGCUCAAGUACAAACUUUGGUUUUUUAUCUGAGUGAACAAUUGAUGCUUCACAAAUCAAAUGAAAACAUUAUUACAACGAAAAAUGGAUUUUUUCCGGACGAUGCAUAUCAUCAUUAUUCUCAACAACAGAGACGAGAACAAUUUCUAGUCCAACAAAGAACUACAUCGGAUGAAAUUAAAAGUCAGAAAGAUAAUCAAUCACAAAAUAAUAAUCAUAAUUUGAAACUAUUUAGUGAUAAAUACACAGAAACUAGUGAAACACUCUCGUUAGAUACAAUAGCAUUAGUAAUGAAUUCACAAGUUAUACAUGGUCCAAGAAAUCUUCAAGCAACUUUAGUUACGUUGGAUAAUACAUGGUUAAUAACAUGGGAUAGACCAGAAUCAGUCGAUGUUGAGGAGACAACAUUUUCUGCUAAUACUGGAUAUGUUUUGUCAAUUAAUGGAAUUGAAAUAAAGCGUAUACCAAGCGUAAAUGUUACCAAAUCGAUUAUCAAUUUAUCAGAAUCAGUUAAAUAUCCUGUGACAUUGAAAAUUCAAUCAAUAGAUGAGAAUAAUUAUUUAUCUGAACCAGCUUUGAUAACACUGAAUGAUUAACGCUUUGUUUAAUUUUUAAAUAAACUGAAUUCAGC